AGGAGGCAAAUUUAGGUUUAAUAUGGAAAAUAUGGAGAAAAUAUAUCAAUUCAUUCAUUUACUCACUGUCCAUAUUCUCAGAGGAUCACUGUGAGAAUAUUAAGAAAAUGGUAAUUUUCUUAAUAUUCCAGUCUUUGUUGUUUUUCCUCAUCUUUCUCUUUCUUUGACAUUUCUUAGUCUCCCCCUUGUUGGUGGUGCUAAUCUACCUGGCACUCUGCAGCAGGCUGAGCAGCAUGAGAGCAGCAUCCAGCUGCACCAACGGCCAGACUGGAUGCCACUUCCUCUCCCUGGCCAACCUGUUUGACCGGGUCAUCCAGCACUCAGCUAGGAUGCAUGGCAUUUCAAAUGACCUCCACUCUGAAUUUGAACUCUACUUCCUUCCCAGUAAGAACCAGAUUGGCCGGGUCAGUCGCAACUGCCACACGUCUACCAUCCUAACUCCAAAUGGCAAAGAGAAUGCUCAGAGAAUAGCGAGAGAGGAACUGACCGAGGUGAUUCUGAAGCUCCUGGUUGCGUGGCGGGAACCUCUGUGGCAUUUUCAUCAGAACAUGGCUCAGCACCAUGAAUUUAACAACUUCAGCUCAAACAAGUCUCUGGAAAUGAGUGACAUGGUGCAUGAACUACGCAGGGGUGUGCAGAAAGUGGUUGAGAAGAUGCAGAUGCUGGGAGUAAUAAGCAGUUCUCUUGGUAACCUGGCUUCCCCGGAGGCUCUACUGGCAUCCGACAGGGCAGAAUGGCGACUCAUGAACGACUACGAUCUCCUCUAUUGCUUUCGUCGUGAUUCAAAUAAGAUUCAGAAUUACCUGAAGAUCCUGAAGUGUCGAAUUGUUCCAGAGCAUAGGUGCUAAACGGAACACUGUUAAAGAGGUUGUGUUGGACUCUGUUACAUCAGCAUUGAAAUGGAAAUACGCCAUAAAGAAACAAUGUAUAUUCUGACUUACUGUGCGUUCCUUUUGCCAACUAUCAGGCAUGAAGUAGCCUCACUUAUAAUUUGUUCAGUUCUGUCAUGAAUGAAGACCUGCAGGUAGUUGGCUUACUGUGUACUUCAUACUUGAUUUCACUUUCAAAACUCCAGAAAAACAAUGGGCAUAAUGUAAGGGUGCAGUGGCAGCACAAAUGUUUACAAAUGUCAUGUAAAAUGCACAAUGUAUUGAAGUAUGGUUGUAUUACAUAAAAACAUUACUAGAAAAAAUAUAUUAUUGUCAUUUCACCAGAGAAGAAAUAUGUGCAGUGUUUCCACCUUCCACCAGAGACUGUUCAUGUUCAUGUGGUCAGAAAAGAACCAAUACGAAGACAAUAAUCAGUUUUCUUUAUGUACAGUCUUUGGAUAAUGUGUCAUCAUAUCUUUGAGUGGCAAGUUCUAGUCUGAACACAAAAUAAUGGUGUUAAGUG